CCGAUAUUUUAUGUGCAACAUAUUCCCGGCUUGCAACGGCAUUCGGCGCAUUAAGAUGGCAGACUUCGAUCCAGACAACUGUGUCAAAUUAUUCAAAUUCAAUGACAGCCGAACCUCAGAUUCAACAGACCCCAAGAGUGUCGUCAUCAUUCCUAUCAGGGAUCAAAAUAUUUUGCAAACGACUGUCGACGUGGAUAGCAGAGAUUGUGAAGUUAAAACAGACAGCUGUGCUUUUCCCGAAGAUUGUGUCAACAUUUUGCUUAAGUUCCGAAUGCAGUUGGAAGAAUUGUUCAACGAUUGCGGUGAUACUAUGAGCACAGCUGCAGUUCUAUGGAAAGAUAUUUCAUGUCGGGUUCGCGACAGGGGUUUCCCAGUUACGGACCAACAAUGCUUGGCCAUAUGGAAUACUCUUUACUCAGAGUACAUAAACCUUACUCAAAUUGACGAUGAAAACGAGCUAUCGAAAUCAGCGUUCUUCGCCAUAUUUGAAGAUUUCUAUAAACUCAGGUCGAAGUACGUGGAUUCAAAAAUACUGCAAGAUGUGACUGAGUACUCGAGCAUGAGAUCCAAUUCUAGUCCAACUUCUAGUAAUACUGUUGCCCCAGCGGAGAAUAAUUCCGACAAUGAGGCAGCGGUAAAAGUUAAGACUGGAAAGACAAGCCUUGAAUUUGGAGAAGAUUUAUCAGUUACAACUAGUGAGGAUGAUCCUAAUCACCAAAUGUUGACCGAGUCGAUGAAUGUAGCUGAGAAAAUUCUGGACAAAAACAUCAAAGAUUCAGAGACACAGAGGAAAAAAGCAAAACCUGAUGAGAGACGAUCCAAAGCUCAUAGUAAUGUGAGAAAACGGAAGUUGAGUUCGCAAAAUCCAUCGUGGAGGUAUGGUGACAAUUCGAAUCACAUGAGAAGUGAAGCUAACGAAGCUAAGGCUGAAAACACAGACUCAGAUGUUGGAAGUACAUUCAUAUCGUCUUUGCAUGAAAAGAAUAAUUGCAAGAAGGCCAAAAUCUCAACCGAAGACGAGAGUUUAUGUAGUAAUCAAGCAACUUUGCGCUAUCCCUGGAACGUUGAUUCGACACAGUGUUUGGUCGACCUGAGAUUGCUCAUCGAAAGUGACAAACAGAAAAAACAGAUUAUACUACGAGUGUACAGAGGCAUAUACAAGUUUAUCAGCCAGAAGAUGUUUCUGCAUGGUUACCAAGUAUCGGCGAUACAAUGUAGACGAAGAUGGGGCCACGUGAUGAGUCAGUACAGCGAAGAAGCAAAAACCGCACUAAAAAAGAUCUCCGAUAAUCAAAAGCUCGACACGGUGGGCAGAUACUUUUGGCAAAUGGAUAGAGUUUUGAAAAAAUCAGGGAUCGAUAAAUUGAAAAGAAGGCCUGAUGAAGCGGCGGAAUUUUUCUGGAACGAUGAAUCGGUCAGAACUCUGAUCGGCAUAAGAAUUCCUAUGGAAGACGCCUUUGCCAUGUUCAAGAGAUACGUUAUCUUGUGGCAAUACGUCGCAUCACAGAUGCAGAAGAACAAUUUUUCACCGACUUACAGCGAGUGCUCGGUCAAAUGGAUGGAACUCCGCGAAUGCUAUGAAAUUUAUCUCUUGUCUAUAAGCCGCGGAUACAUUAAAAAAGACGAAGUCGAUUGGGACUAUUUUCAAGACAUGCACAGCGGAUUCGAAAGGAACACUCGGAGCAUCAAAACGAUAAUAAACUACCCGACGAUGAACGACAGUACGGAAAAUCAGCAGUCAAUGCCGAAUGAAUUCAAAGAGAAACUCGUUGAUAAUUCAACUUCUUCUAGACUGCAUGACUGUCCGGCUAAAAUUGAAACUGACAAUGGUUUUCAAGAGUUCGAAGCUGCAGAGGAUGAUCGAAAAAUUAUAGGCAGGAACGAAACUAUCUGCAUUGAAGACAUGGCAUCGUCAAAACAAGAAAGAGAAGGAAGUCAAGAUUUGUCUGUAAUUUUUGUUGCGAAUAAAAUUCCGGAACAUGAAUUGCAUGUUCAACAGUUAUCGGGAAAAAUUUUCUCGUUACUUCGGGAAAUUCCAUAAUAUUUUCUUAAGAUACAAUGGUUUCCAGUAGUUUUAAAAAUAAAAAAAUUUAAAUUGUAAACAAGAGUCUAUAAAUAUCGACUGUUCAUUUCAAAAUGUUUAAAAAUCCAAUAGGUUCGUUCAAUAUCAUUCCAAUAUAGUAUAUUUUACUGAGACGAUGCCUAUUUCUCUAAAUUUUGAUUAAGGCACUUUUUUUAUGUUACCAUUAUCGUUAAAUGUUCGAUUUUCCAAAAUUGCAUGAAUAUUGACUUUAAUUUUAAAAAAAACGAGUUAAUUUAAAUAUACCUAUGGCAGCAAAAAAUAAUGUGAAAGCCAUUUCGUAUGAAAAAUCGAAGUAUCUAAGCUCCUGUUUACAAUUUUAUUAUUUGUCUUUCUGGAAUUUGAAGCAAAUCAUGGUAGCUCGAGAAUAUUAAUAAAUUUUAUAAAAUCUCAAUGUUCGGCAAUUUCAAUCCUUAAUUGAUGGCAAGCUAUCGAAACUGAACACAACAAAUGAAAUUCUUCCUCAACUUAAUUUUUCAUCAACUUGAUGUUUGCUCUGUGUCGAAUCCCGAAGUUUAUCGAAAAGAUUAUUAUUCGAGAUGUGCCGAAUACCAUCAAUAUCUGGGCGGAUAAUCGGACAGCAGUAAUCUGCUGUACGACGAAAUUACUCUAUCUGUAGAGGUCGAAGCAAUAAAAAAAUGAAAUAGUUGAACGACGGGAAAUGAAAUUCCCUAGUUUUAUCAGUAUGACUAGAAUGAAUGUUUAAUGUACAAAGUUUACAAUUUUCAUAUUUUUUAUAAUAAACAGUAUCAUUUCUGCAUUUUGUGACGACAAACGGUUUUUCUGUUUUCUGUAUAAAUUCUUCCUUCUUCCUGGAGAAUGAAUCAUGCCCCUAAUCUCAGAAUUGGGUUUGAACUAUAUCAGGUAUACCAUUUCCAAUUGACAUAAGAGGAUUCGAAGAUUCAGACAGUGAAGAAACCUAUGUAAGAAAAUGAAUCGCUUUUUGAUAAUUUUGGCUAGGUGGAAUACGCUGAUCAAUCAUCUGCGCCACUGGGCAUAGAUUUGUUUAAAAGAAACAAACCGGUACCUGGAUCCGGAUCAGAACCACGAUUGCGCGAAAUCUACUGCUCGUUCAUAUUGGAACCCAGAGUUUACUGGAUCAUUCCAAGUAUCUACACCAUAAUUGACGGGGAAGAAACACUCAUUUGCCACGAAGAAAAGUUCUUACUCGAAAUAAAGUUCAAGGAUUAUCAUUAAGACGACAAUUCAAAUGACUGGCGAUGCAGUCGACGUCAGAGAAUGACAGUCACUGUCACAUAAUUUAUAUAGGAAUCGAACACGCAUUUUGUCAAGGACCCAAAACAAGGUAGCUGCAAAGGGUAGGCAUUAAUGAAUAUUACUGUACAUGCCAAAAAUGAGGUACCAUGUUUGAAGACAAUGACUCCCAUUCUCUGACGUCAGCUGCAUCGCCAAUCAUUGUCACAUAAUUGAAUGAUAAUAUAAUAUUAUAAUGAAUAUUACUGUAUAUUACUGAACUCGGCUUGCAUUUAGGCAAUUUAGUGUACGCUCUACCAAUCGACAUUUGUUACAAGGUCACCGAUUAGAGAUCUUGAUGCGGAGAUGGCCAAUCAAUCGUGAACAGUCGACGAGCAAAUCUCAAUCGGUAAAAUGCAUUCUCAUUAUCAGUUGACAAAAUGCAGGCGGAUCACAGCAAGAUGUAUCCUAAAUUGCAUAAAUGU